GAAGAGAGCUCUCCCGACCAGAACACGUGUGUGUGUGGCAUGUGUAUGAGUAAACAUGUCGAAGCUGAAAAGCUGACGAUAAAAGAGUUAUUGAGAACUCAGUACUGGCCUGCCGUGCUUCUGUGCUCCACCCACGUAGAACACUUGCUACAGUGGUGCCAAAACCUGGGACCGGAGUGCAGGAGAGAACAGCCCCAUGGAGUCCUCCCCCUUCAAGGACCUGGUCCAUGCCCUCACCACGGCUCAACAGAGCCAGCACUAGGCGCUGGUUGCCCUCCGGGAAGAACAGGAGCAAAGGUUCGAGGCCCUGGUGCUGGCGCAGCAGGAAGAUAGCUGGGCGUUCCAGCACCUACUCGCGUCAACGGGGUCCACCACCUCCACCGCCGCGGGCCCUUCCCACCUUACCCUGACAAAGAUGGGCCCGCACAACGACCCCGAGGCCUUCCUCGCUCUCUUUGAGCAGGCAGCAGAGGCGUGGGGUUGGCCGGUGGAACAGCUCGCGGCUCGACUCCUCCCCCUGCUCACGGGUGAGGCGCAGCUGGCCGUGCUACAGCUCCCCGCCGACAGCCGGCUGGUCUACGUGGACCUCCGCAGGGCCGUCCUCCAGCGCGUGGGUCGCACUCCGGAGCAGCAGCAGCAGCGCUUCCUCGCGCUGCGCCUGGAGGAGGUCGGCAGGCCAUUCGCGUUUGGCCAGCAACUCCGGGAUGCCUGCCGCCGGUGGUUGAGGGCCGACAACCACGACGCAGAGAUCAUCGAUCUGGUGGCACUGGAGCAGUUCGUCGCUCGACUUCCAGAGGGAACCGUGGAGUGGGUCCAGUGCCAUUGCCCGGCGUCGCUAGAUCAGGCCAUUGAGCUGGCGGAGGACCAUAUGGCGGCUGUUCCAAUGGCAGGACAGCAUGUCUCCCCUUCUCCCCUCUCCCUCUCUCUCCCCUUCUGUUCCUCUCCCUCACCCCAUUCCCCCACCGCGGAGGAGGGGGCUGGCUCCACCCCAGCUGGCCCGCCGCACCCAUGGUGUCCUACCAUUUCCUACUUCCGUGUCUGUGUCUUCCCCCCCUCAGGUGAGUGAUAUCCGGAACACUGGUGCAGAGAGAGAGCCUGGGCCGGUGUGCUGGCGCUGCGGGGAGCUGGGGCACCUCCAGCAUCAGUGCUCGGCGAUGGAGGUGGGCACGGUGGUCCGGAUCCCUGACGUGCCAGGAGCCGCCCUCGAUCGGGCCGGAGCGUAUCGCAUACCGACGGACGCAUCAGACAGAGGGCUGGGGGCUGUUUUGUCCCAGGAGAAGGAGGGGGAGGAUAGCCCAGUGCUGUACAUAAGUCGUAAGCUGUCAAUGAGUGAGGGGCGCUACAGCACCAUAGAGAAGGAGUGCCUGGCCAUCAAGUGGGCGGUCCUCACCCUCCGUUACUACCUGCUGGGACGCCCUUUCACCCUCUGUUCGGACCACGCGCCCCUCCAGUGGCUCCACUGCAUGAAGGAUGCCAAC